AUGGCGUUGACGAGACAUUAUGCGCCGGAGUACGACAUCCUACCGGCUGUACUGUCGAGAGACGUUGCCGUUGAGUUCCUAAUGCCAAACGGUCUCUUUCUUCGAGUGGACUGCUCUCUAGACUCUCCACUCUCUUCCAUCAAAUCAGAAUUGUGGAAAUCAGCGCAACAUUGCCCUCUCUAUCAUCGUCUACUCGAGCCAGGUCGGUACUCAUUCGUCUUCAUCAACGGCAGUGCAGAGCAAGAGGAAGUCGUCGACGAGGAGAGGCUGCUGCGCGAGGUGCGACCGUAUGCUAGCGUCUUGAGGCUUGUGGAGAGGAAAGGAGAUCGAGAAGAGAAGAUUACGAGUGCCAAGAUUAGUAUGCUCAUUGGUAAGGGACUGUUUGAGUUCACUGCGAUGGAAAAGGACAACACGGAGGUGCGAGACUUUCGUAAAAAGAUGAUUGAACUGUGCAGUGCUGCAGUGAAGGAGCGCAAUUCGUCACCAGACAAGCAGCUGUUGUAUGCGUUUCCUCCUGUUCUCGAGACGACGCGCGACCUGCCACCUCACGUGCGAGCUCAGUUGUCGUUGGAUCAGUCUGGUGUGGGAACGUUCCUGAUUCAUGUCGCUUUACCAAGAGAGAAUCAGUCGUAUACGUUCUCUGUUAGACCGGAUAUGUUGCCGUUUGAACUUGUAGUGUUGGUGUUGAGGCGGAAGGCGAGGACGUUGAAAAUACCUCAAGAAGACCCGAAGGGAUAUGUACUGAAAGUGUCUGGUCAUAAGGAUUAUCUCUUGGCAGAGGAGCCAUUAGGAAUGUACAAGUACAUCAGAAAAUGCAUUGCCAAGGCUAAACGGCCGCAGCUCAUUUUGGUGAGUUGCAAGGAGUUAAUGGAACAGAUUGAACCAGAAAAAGUCUAUAUGCCUUCACGGAGAGAGGACGUGCCAACUCUUCCACCUAAAUCAGCAAACACUAGUUUGUCAUUGACAUCAAUCAGGGAUGCCGUUCGUCUCAAAGUGAUUCGAGCACGUGGAGUGAACAUAUCAGAUAAAAUGAAGGUGAGCGUGAAGUUUGGUCUUUAUCAUGGAGCCGAGCCACUGUGCGAGUUGGUGCAAACUCGCUGCAUCCUACCAUUACAAGAUUUCAACGAGGACGUCAUCUUCAACUUGCUCGUGCAAAACCUUCCUCGCGAUGCUCGUCUCUGCUGCGUCUUCAACAUGGUCGACGAUCGGAAGCACAGAAUAAUUGGACGUCGUCGUGACGAUCGCAUUGCCAUUGCUUGGUGCAACACGACGAUGUUUGAUUGUAAUGGACAACUACGGAUGGGGACAAUGAAGUUGGGAUUUUGGCCGAUUUCUGACGAGGGUCUAGACGAUGAAACAAAUUCUAUUGGUACGACCGUUAAUAAUCCUAGCACUGAUGCUAUUCAGCUGGAGAUUGAAUUCAAUAAGUUUUCACAGACGGUUAUUUAUCCGGAUCUUGACAAGCUGUUAGAAGUUGUGGCUCUGUCAGCAAACGAGUCGAACUUGGAUGUCAAUCAUCAGUUGGCAGAACAACGACGAGGAUCAGAUGGAGCAAGUUCACGAUUGACACAAACGCUACAGGAGAUUGCUAAUCGGGAUGCUUUGCAAGAAUUGUGUCAACAAGACAAAGAACUGGUGUGGAGUUUUCGAUGGUCGAUUCGAGACAACAUACCAACUGCCCUGCCCAAGGUGCUCGCUUCGUGUCGCUGGAAUUCGAUCCAACACGUAGCACAGUUUAGACAAGUAUUACAAGUUUGGGAGUUGGUUCCACCGUCUACGGCUAUUGAAUUACUCCAGCACACUUCCGGCUGUUCAGCUGUUCGUGCGUGUGCUGUCAAAUCGUUGGAUCAGUUGCAAGAUGCAGAGCUGGCACAGUAUUUGCUACAGCUAGUGCAGGCUCUCAAAUAUGAGUCGUAUUUAGACUGUGCUUUGGCAAGGUUCCUGCUGAGGAGAGCACUUCACAGCCAGCACAUUGGUCAUUUCUUCUUUUGGCAUCUUAGAGCAGAGAUGCACAAUCCGGAGGUUGCAGUUAGAUAUGGGCUGAUGCUGGAGGCUUACUGCAGAGGAUGUCCAUCACACAUGGAAAAACUUUCGGCUCAAGUUAAUGCUAUCUGCAAGCUGAGAGAACUGACUGAAAUGCUGAGAACCAACUUUAGAGAGAGAAGAGAUGCAAACGACAUCUUGCGGGAAAUGCUACAAUCUCGAAGUCGGUUGUCAUCGUUUGUUUCUCCCUUGGAUCCUUCAAUUCUAUUACAAACAGUCAGGUACGAACGAUGUCGUGUGUUUGACUCAAAGAUGAGGCCGUUGCUUCUCUCAUUCGAGACGGAAGAUAAACCAACAGAUUCUGAAGACGAUAUUCAACUGAUCUUCAAGAGUGGAGAUGAUCUAAGGCAAGACAUGCUCACUCUACAAAUGCUGCAUUUGAUGAAUUCUAUCUGGGAGCAGAAUGGCCUUGAUCUCCGUAUGACAGUGUAUGGAGUUCUGUCAACAGGAGACAACGUUGGGGUUAUUGAAGUCGUUCGCAAUGCAGAGACUCUUGCUCAGAUUCAUAAAACACGAGGAGGUGCUACGGCAGCGUUAACAGACAAAGCUCUACUAGAGUGGCUCAAGUCUCACAAUGGAACGGAUGAGGCGUUGAAGACAGCUGUCAACAACUUCAGAAAUUCGUGUGCCGGAUACUGUGUUGCUACAUACGUGUUAGGCAUUGGAGACAGGCACAGUGACAACAUCAUGGUGAAGAGAACCGGAGAGCUGCUUCAUAUUGACUUUGGACACUUUCUGGGAAAUUUCAAAUCUAAAUUUGGCGUUCGGCGGGAGAGAGUGCCAUUCGUGCUUACAAAUGACUUUCUGUAUGUAAUCAUGAAGGGAAUGUCACAAUCAAAGCAAGACGAACAGACGCACAAGGACCAAUUUCUGGAAUUAUGUGUACGCGCAUACAUGAUGCUUCGUGAAAAGGCAGAUCUGUUUCUCAGUCUCUUUAUGGCCAUGCUGUCGACUGGCAUCCCAGAGCUUCGAUCAUUUUCAGAUACAACAUACUUGCAGCAGACGUUGGUGCUGGGUACUUCAGAGGAGAAUGCACGUAAACAUUUUCUCUCUCGCCUGUCUGAAGCGAUGGGCAAUCAACUGAGCACCAGGAUUAACUGGCUGCUGCACAAUAUGGCUCGUGACAACUAACUUUAAAUUUGAUUAUCUUGUACCUAACUCUUGGAAUGAGGAGAGCAGAUUACUGCAGCUGUUUAUGGUAGAUUGAUUACAUAGCUUUACUAGUUGUAGUCUAUUCAUUCGUAUCAACUUUCACUACCCAAAGAUAUGAGUUUUCUUUACAAAGCUGAUGUUCCCUAGGCGGAGAAAGACGGGGGGAGUGCCCGGCUGGACACUCGAGCCUAGAUGUUCCCAUGUGUGACUGUACUGUCAGGUGUUCCCCAAGAAUUGUUGAAGAUUAUUCUUUGUUACAAUAAACUACAGAUAGCAGGAAUGCAUAUGAUGUAUCCGCACAAUUUACACUGAGGUGUGUUUAUUUAUCCACUCAUUCAUUAAUUUUUACACGUCUUAAAAGUUUCGCGUAGCCAGACCCUCUGCUGCCGCUUUCUGCCCGGAAGUGAGUUGAUCACGUGAGAACAUUGUAAUUAAUUAUUAAGUUAUGUACCUGCACUUGUUUGCUGUCUACAGUUGGUGUUACAGAGUUCUUCGUGUCACCAUACUUAGAAAUUGUCCGUCAAUGGGAAUGCAGUUGAGGCCCCAACUAUUGGCAGUGGCUCAUAUGUUGUUUCCAUGUUAGAAUAUGCUUCCUGCUCAACUGUCACAGACUCAUUAAAAUUUUAGUGCAAACGAAGAAAAGCGUUUAUUACGUUUCAAUUGGUCUUAGUAUGUGUUUUUUGGUUCACUUUACUUGUCCCUAAUUAUAAUAUUCUUGUUCAUUUGCAGGUUCUAGUGGAUAGUUCCAUACCUCCAGACAAAUGCUAAGUUCAAUUUAUUAGUCAAGGAGAUGAUGAGCAACCCAGGAUUGAGGAAGUGAAAUCUGAAAUGGUGAAUAUAAGAAAGUAGUGUGUGAUGAAUUGACAUGAAGUUACGUACACUAAAUGAGAACUGAUAAAUAUGAUUAAUUGAUAGGAAGGUAAAUUGUGGAAUAUUAGCACCCACAGCAUACAUGAUGUAUGAAUGCCAGACUUCUACAUCACAAUUCGUACUUACCUAGAGCAUAGAUAGUAGAGCGGCUGCAUACGUAGGGAUUGUGAUGAGCAGCAUUCAAUAUGUACAUUAUUAUGUGUGCUGUCAAUUUAGGAUUGUAAUUAAAUGCUAUUGAGCUGGAAGAGACUGGACUUUUGAGACCAGGUAGAAAUGAUUACCAGAAUAGGCUAGAAACAUAAGUUGGAUGACUUUACAC